ACCGGUUCACUAGUUCGCGCGGCGAGUGUUUGUGUUUGUAUUGCCGUCGUCGUUGCAUUUUGUCUCCGUUAUUGUUUGAAAAGUAUAGUGAUUUUCGUGUUUUUUGUCGCACAGAAAAAUGUCAGAACAAAAGUCCGCUCAAGAUGUAAAUACCCAAAAGACUGAGUCACCUGAGAACCACAAGCGAAGGGACUACCUGCACUGGGAUGACUACUUUAUGGCCACUUCCUUGCUAUCCGCAAAACGAAGCAAGGAUCCCGUGACCCAAGUGGGUGCCUGCAUCGUUGACUCACAAAAUCGGAUAGUGGCCAUUGGCUAUAAUGGAUUCCCUCGAAACUGCAGCGACGACGAGUUUCCGUGGUCAAAGGCCCAGAAGGGCACACAGGACUUCAACCCACUGGAGGACAAGAAGAUGUACGUGGUGCAUGCAGAGGCUAAUGCGAUCCUCAACAGCAACGGAAUGAGAUUGACUGGAACGCGACUUUAUACCACACUGUUUCCCUGCAACGAAUGCGCCAAACUCAUCAUACAGGUGGGGAUCUCUCAGGUUCUCUAUUUAUCCGACAAGUAUGCAGAAAAACCCACAUACCGGGCUUCCAAGCGGAUGUUGGAUGCAGUGGGCGUGGCCUACAAACGACACCUUCCCCAGCAAAAAAAAAUAAUCAUUGAUUUUGAGAACUUCCUGGAGGAAGAUCCAAACUCAUCGCUGGGUUUAAACGACCUUCACUUAGAAUAAAUUAAAACAAUUUUUGACUUUAAGUUUAUAAUUUAAUUAAAAGUUGUAGUUUUUUAAAGACAAAGUGACGCUGUUGCUUUAAACAACUUAGACAUAUCUUGAUAAAAACAAGCGAAUUGAUUUUUAAAAUGUUCAUGCAUAUCUGUUAGGAAUACUAAUUUAAAUUCAAAAUAAACGCUUAAACCAA